ACCGAAAUGUGUUUUAAAAGUCUGGCUAUCGUUUUGUUUUGCUUUGAUAAUUUCUUUGAGAAAAAAUCAAAUUUAUUUCAUUUGUCUGGCUACAGUUCAAUAUUGUUUUGAUAAUUUCGAUGUGAAAAUAUGUUAAAAAAAAUUUGGUUUGGCUACAAUUUAUUGCAAUUUGAAAUUUUGAUGUGAAAUUAUACAUUAUUAUAUUUACAUAUUAACAGAAUAUAACAGUGUGUAAAAUGAUGGAUUUUCUUUACAUUGAAGUGGAUUCUCCAAGUGUCGUUCCCGAACUGAGAUUCAUAGAAACUCCACUGACAAAGGGGCCGUUUAAGAUACUAUAUCAACCAUAUAUCCAGUUCAGAUGUGUAUUUUCUAACUCUUCGAAAUACUUUUACUCCGUUCAUUGGAUAAUAGAUGGCAGAGAAAUAGCUACACUUGGACCUUCACAGGACAUAGAUGAGCUUACUUUAAGGGAAGAAAAUUUUCGAGAUAUCCCCCUAGGAUACACGGUGCAAUGCUCAGUUACAGUGUCAGCAGCGAAGUUAGGACAGCAAACACAAACACAGUAUAGUGAUAAUUUCUACGCCGGGGUCAAGGUUUAUAACUCAACGGUGUUUUUAAAGAAAGGCAGCCACACACAGAUAUCAGUAUCAUCGACACUUCCAAUAGGAUGCAGUCAUUUUGACAACGUUCAUAAGUUUUGUAAGGAUGAACUUCGUAUAAGUGAUGCUGCCGACAUAAGUUGUCUUCAAGAGACGGUGACCAAUAUUGUUGAAACUGACUCUACCAAAUGUACGGAGUAUAUUAAGACGCUAUAUAAAGGCGCCACUUGGGAUCCAGAUAAGCUGUACCAUUUUAAGAUUGUGACUUCAGAUAUAGACUACGAGGACAAAAGCACGUUCAAUCUUAACUUGAAGUUUAGUGGUGAUAUGAAGCAUACGUUUUGGAAGAAUAAAAUCUUACCAGAUGUUCGAGUUGUUGUAAUAGAAAAUGAAGAUUACAAGGACAAGGUGUGUUAUUCCCACAUAGACCCACACAUGAGGACAGCUGAUGGAUAUCAUUAUGAGCAGCAGCAAGAGGGAAACUUUAUUUUAUACUACAAUCAACAAUAUAACAUAGAGGUUCAGGAAACAACAAAAUCGUGCUGGGGACGAGCUACAUGCGCAUGUGGGGUUUCCGUACGCGCUGGUAAAGACGUUUUCAUAAUCAACAGAUGUGGGAAAACAAAUUUUCUGGGAUUUUCGCAAUGUGACGAUGGUGGAAUUCUUCAAGUCGUACGAAAUACCGACCGAGAAUACACAGUUUACACACCAAUUGGAACAAAAGUAACUAUUUUCUUAUGGAUGUAUGGGUAUAUGAACAUUGACAUUAAAAUGGCUCCCAAGGACAAGUACAAUGUACGUGGACUAUGUGGAAAUUUUGAUGGUGAUGCAACAAACGACCUCGUUCAUAGUAACCAGAAAAUAUCUGCACUGAAAACAGAAACCGUUUUCUAUCGCCGUCACCAUGAAGAGUUUGCAAAUAGCUGGAGAGUUCCGGGGGAAAACCUAUAUUCACGUAAAAAACGUGCAUUAGAAAGUUGGGCAAAUCUAAAUGGACUGUUCUGUGUUUGCCAAAAAGGAAAACAGGAGAUUUCAUCGGAGGCUUUGUGUUCCAGUACGCAGUAUCUUGACUGUGAAAUGCAAAAAUCUAUCACUAAAACUAAAUGUAACAUAUACAGUGUUCGUAAAAAGAGGUCUCCAGCUGCUCAUGAAAAAGAAAUGGACCGUCUUUUUGCACUUAUGCAACCAGUGGAAAAUCACGAUGUUAGAAAGCGUCAAACAAACGGUAAUGUGAUAUCUGAGGUUCAGGCAAAGGAAAGAUGUACGAACAAGAUCAAAGGGUCACUUGCGUUUACAUCAUAUACUAAUAUGACAGCUUCAGAAGAUCCAAAUGCUGUGAUCAGCCAAUGUAUCUUUGAUAUUAUGGCCACGAAUGACGAGUCAUUUGCAGAUGUUCAUGUGGAUUCAGUAAAUACAAUUGUUAAAGGAAUGAUGGAUGAAGUGCCGACAUAUGUUGAAACUAACAAGAAGGAGGUACAGGUGUUCCUUAAAAACUCUUGCUCACGUGAUUGUAGUGAUAGAGGCAACUGCUCCGAUGAUGGUGAAUGCAUUUGUCACCAAUAUUAUCACGGUGCAAUAUGUGACAUUGACGAAAGGAUUCCGCCCAUUGUUACUGAUAUAGAAGGGGGAUGCAUAUGUGAUACCGGGGAAGGGGAAGAUUGUAGAUGUUUCUAUGUGCGCGGUGACAACUUUCUUGAGAGUUUGAAAUGCAAGAUUGUAACUUCGGAAAUCUCAAUUUCCGGGGAGAAAAUAAAUGUUACCGUAGAGACAUUGGCAGGUGGUUUCGAAGAUAUCUUCACUGGUGUAUGUUGUAUCCCGGAAGAAAACGUGUUCUCUAGAGAUAUGUUUGUGAGGGAACAUGAUGUAUCAGUUAGCAGCGAUGGAGUACACUAUGGUGAAAACAACACCAUGUAUAUAUUUGAUUCAAGUUGUCAGAAACUUGAUUCAUUGGCAACAGGAAGACCGUCGUUCAAUUUAAAGAAUGGAUUUUGUUUCAUCGAACAUGCUUGCAUCAAGGACACAUACGCGUUCCUUUCGAAUAAUGAUACUUGUCUAUCCUGCAAUACCUCUGUGUCUGUGACAGAUUGGACGGAAACAAGCCUGGAAAUAUGCAUUCCAACGACUACGACCACAUCCACAAAGACUACAACAUCAUAUACCAGCACCACUGCAACACCGACAACCACAGAGGAUGUUGAAAAUCAAACUGAUCCUGGAAUCACCCCUACUACACAUUCAAUGCUUACAACAUCCGGCAUGGGGUCAUCAAAGAAGAGAUGUAAAGCAAAAGAGUUGCUUCGCUUAAAACAGCGAAAGGAGACUCUUUCUUUCAGAAACAAGAAACGGAAGAAAAAAUUACAAAGGCUCACAGAACAAAUUAAACGACUUAAGCAGUUGGUUAAACGUGUCCGAAAUGAUCGAAAGAAAGGCAACAACCAAACAACUACACAACAACCAUAAACAUUUUCUGUCAAUGAUUAUAUAUCUUGAAAUCAGCGUUUUAUUUUAUUGUUUUUAUUGUAUACGCAUUCGCAUCUGUUUUAAGUGAGCAUUACUAUAGAAUUUGCAAGGAUGAGAGCGCGCAAAUUUGCUUUCUAAUAUGACUUUUCAAACAAACUAAAAAGGUUUUAUAAUUUUGCUUUUAGUUUUGUAACUGAAAUUCUGUUUGAAAUGAUAACUUGUAUAUAGGACAUUAUAGUUGCAUUUUCAUUACAAGUAGGUUAAAUGGAAUUGAUAAAAUAGAAUUUUCAUUUAAAAACAUCAAAUUUUGUCAAGGUGAUUUUUGUGGAUGCUACUUUUUUCACUUCAGAAUUUUCCAUCUACACAUAUAUUUACGUAUAUAUACCACUAUUUUUACUAAAAUUUUCACAUGCAUUUUGCUUGAGUAAAUGAGAACGCUUUCUACAGCACAA